AAGGCCACUCUAUGCACAAUGAAAUCUUUUAGUGCCUGGUUUAUUGCACUGAGUGUGAUGUCUCAGAACAUUUUGCUUUCUGAGAGUGCUCAUUUUAAGAUUGGUGUUCCAGAAAACUAUGAUGGUAUUUUCCCAUGGUACCUCACCAAGCUGCCUGAUCUUCCCCUCGCCUACUCGGAUCUGACUGUGAGUGGUGGUGAUGAAGGGAUAUUUGGGGUGGAGUCCGGCUUCCUGUAUGCCCUCAAACCUUUGGACAGAGAGAGGCAGCCAUCAUACUCCUUACAAGUGUCCUUCACAAAGUCCAUGCACACACAAAGCUUUACUGUGGAGGUGUGCGUCAUCGACAAGAAUGACAACGUGCCUGUGUUCUUGGAGGAGAGCAUGAGAGGCAGCGUGCAGCUGGAUCUUCUGAAAGGAAUCCCGUUCAUGCAGGUGGAGGCAUUGGACCGAGAUGACCGUAACACCGCCCACGCGGACCUGCGCUUCAGUCUCCUGGACCAGAUACCUCGCAUCCCUGCCAGCCACAUGUUCUCUAUAGAUGCCAUCACUGCAGAAGUGUCUCUUACAGAAGAUGGUGCCUCAACUCUAGAUCCAGAGAUGUGCGGCCGCUAUAAGCUCUCAGUGAUGGUGCAGGACAUGGCUGGCAAGGCCAAUGCUUUCUUCUCCACUGGAACAGUAUUAGUGGAAGUGACUGGGAAUACAUGGGCCUCACCUGACCUAGUGAGACUGCAGGAGAAUCUGCCUGGGCCAUACCCCAUCCAGAUUUCCCAGGUGAAGUGGAGUGGAAGUCCUGUUGAGUACAGUCUUGAAGGAGAGUUUCCAGAAAUGCUUUUCACUAUCAACAGGGAAGGAAACAUUUACCUAAAUGCUCCUCUGGACAGAGAAACACAGGAUCAGUUUCUUAUUAGUAUAGUGGUGGAGAGGCCAGAUGGAAGAGAAAUCGCUAAGCCUGUUGAGCUGAGGGUGAUGGUGGGAGAUGCCAACGACAACAGGCCAACUUUCCCACAGAUGCAGUACCACACCGUAGUCAAGGAUCUUGCAACUAAAGGGACAGAAAUUCUGACAGUCCAAGCAGCAGACAACGACGAUCCAAAAACAGACAAUGUGCGGAUAUUUUAUCGCCUGGUGGGCCAGAUGCCCGAGACUCCACGGAAUUUGUUCCGUGUCGACAGAGACUCGGGAGUGAUCACGGUGCAGGCGGACAGCAUGGAGGGAACCGCCCCACAGUACACGCUUACCAUCACGGCCGAGGAUGCUAAAGGGCUGAACAGUUCCUGCACUGUCAUAGUCAAAGUUCUGGACGAAAACAACAACCCUCCAAUCUUCUCCCAUCAUGAGUAUGGGCCUUUCCACCUGACUGAGGAUUCUCCAGUGGGCACUACAGUGACAGUAGUGUCAGCAUGGGAUGCAGAUGAGUGGGGUGGAGACAGCUGGCAGGUGGACUACCGGCUUGAGUCUGGAAAUGAGGAGGAGGUUUUUACUCUAGUCACAGACAGGCAGACUAAUGAAGCUGCUCUCAUUCUUGAUAAGGUGCUGGACUUUGAAAGGGAGAAUGAGUACAUACUGGUACUGAGCACUCAGAACCCAGUUGCUCUGGUACGAGGAAGAUAUGGACCCGCAUCCACAGCAACUGUCACCAUCUUUAUUGAUGACAUCAAUGAAGGUCCUGUUUUAUCUCAAAGCCACUAUGAAGUCACAGUGAGAGAGGGGGAGGAGCCAGGACGUGUUAUUGCCACCAUCAGGGGUUAUGACCCAGAUUCUCAUCCAAUCAGGUAUUCACUGAGAGGAGACACUAAGAAAUAUUUCUCUAUUGGGAAGUACUCUGGAGAGCUGAAAACAGUCCAGGCUUUGGACAGAGAGGAGAACAGCACCUACACCAUGGAGGUGGUGGCCGAAGAUGGGCGCAACUCCUCUUUGUCGGCCUCCACACUGGUCACAGUUCAUAUUCUGGAUGUAAAUGAUAACAGCCCAGUUCUGGUUGGCGAUUAUUCCUGGAAGUACCUGUGCACACCUCGCUGGGAAGACCAAGCUCUGGUUCUGGCCUCUCGGGACAGCGAUGGACCCCAGCACGGAGGACGGCUUAACUUCUCCCUCCGCAGUGACGCAGCUGUCCGUCGUAACUGGAAGCUCACGCCCAUUAAUGAUACUCACACCAACCUGUCUUUAAAUGUCCCAUACCUGCCCCCAGAAGUCUACAUCGUACCCUUUACCAUCUCAGACAGCAGCUCUCCACCCAGAAGCACAUUCAUCAAUCUACCAGUGACGGUUUGCCCAUGCAAUGUGAGGGGCAACUGUAGGAUGGCAGCAAAACAGCUUGAGGGCAUGCCCACUAUUCAGUCAACAAUAGGCGUCCUUCUUGGAACUCUGGGUGUUAUAGGUAUUAUAUUGAUUAUUAUAUUUGUGAGACUGUCCUACCAGAAUCCCACACCACCAAACAAAGCCUGUCAGGAACGAGUGCUGCUUCGAGUCUCUCUAUAAUAUUUGACAUGCUUUCUAGACUGCUACCUUUUUAUCAAACUCAUUAAAGGAUUUCUCUCAUUUAAAUUCUAAAUAUGCUUUAGUUUUUAUACAGUAUGUUUAGAUAUUUAGUUAUGUAGGAUUUAGUAAAUAGUUAAGAAUAUGAAGUCAUGCAUACAAAAUGUCUG